CUGCCCUCACACCAGAAGACUAAAUUUUUUUUUUUUCGUUGUAAAAGGCUGUUGUCUUACGGCGCUGCGUUCGCUGGGCGCGCUCGCAAGGUUGUCGGGAAGUCGAGUUGAACCUGGUUGGACCGAAAUCGUUCGGGCUGUGUGAGGAAAAAAAAAGUGUCUAUUCUCCCUCUCCCGCUAAACUCACCCAAACAACAGGUGCCGAUAAAGGAAGAACCAAGCCUCACGCUCUUUCGGCUUUACGGGUGAGAGCGCAUCUACGAAAAAAAAAAAAAAGAGUGGGCGAGAGAGGUUCCGCUCAAGUACGGCAUGAGCUCGUCGCGGGUCAGAACCAUGUCGUUGCUCAUCGUGCUCAGUGGUAUCGGGGCGGCCGUGGCCGCCGCGCUUUUGUACCGGUAUCUGAACCGUCGGUACCGACCCCCCGUGCUUCUCGAAGACCCCGAGACCAAGUACACGGUCAAACUGAUCGAGCGCGAGGAGAUCAGCCACGAUACGAGGCGCUUCCGAUUCGCCCUGCCUUCUACAGAGCACGUACUGGGACUGCCCACUGGUCAGCACAUCUACCUAGUCGCCACCGUCAACGGUCAGAUAGUGCCCCGGCCUUACACGCCCGUGACCAGCGACAAGCAUCAGGGUUACUUCGACCUCGUCGUCAAAGUGUACUUCCGUAACGUGCACCCAAAGUUUCCCGAAGGUGGCAAGAUGUCUCAACACCUGGAGAGCUUAAGCGUCGGCGACACCAUACAGGUGCGCGGACCGUCGGGUUUGAUACGGUACGAAGGACGAGGCAAGUUCGCCAUCAAACCCGACAAGAAGUCGCCGCCCCAGAGCUAUCAGGCUAACGAGAUCGGUAUGAUCGCUGGAGGCACUGGCAUCACUCCAAUGCUUCAGAUCAUCCGGCAAGUGUUCAGUGACCCGGAGGACAAGACCAACUGCGCGCUGAUCUUUGCCAACCAGACCGAGGACGACAUCCUCCUUCGUCCUGAACUGGAAGAAGUUCUUCGGCAGAACCCUGGCCGCUUCCGUCUCUACCUGACUGUGGAUCGGCCCAAGGACUGGGGACGCAAGGGCGUAGGAUUCGUCAGCGCUGACAUGAUUGAGCGCAACCUUCCGGCACCGUCCGACAAAUCCAUUAUCCUCAUGUGCGGUCCUCCGCCCAUGAUCAACUUCGCCUGCAAGCCUAACCUGGAGAAACUGGGCUACAGCCCUAAGCGAUGCUUUGCCUACUAAAUGCCAUUUAUUGCCACUGGGGUGUUGGGUAGGGGUAGGUGUCUAAGUUGAAUUGUAGAGUUUUGUUCUGUACGCCUUGUUUUGUCUGUCAUUGGUCGACGGUUGGCAUCUUUAGACCUUACCGUAAAAAGAAAUACGGAACACUGUUCCUUUGUCUUCACGCCAACACACUUCAUGUCAUUGGUGCUGUCCGUGUAAGAGGCCAUAGCACAUUUGAUACGGCCAGUCACAGAGGAUUAAUACGUAAUAGUAUAACGUAUUACAGUUAUGCUUGCUGGUAUCAGCUGGUAUUGGAAAAAACAAAUGAACUUCCAGCUUUGUGUGGUUCAUGCUGGGUAUGUCUAAUAAUGAGGUUUUUACAGGGCAGGUUAUUUCUUAGAUACUGCUUAUGCAAUGUUUUUCAGAGCCAUCCUAUGACCGCUGCUUGCCAAUGAUCCUCGUAAGAACAUGGCAUUGUAACACGUGCUUUAAUAUUUGUUUAGCUUCUUGGUGAAUUAUACGCCGCUUAGUUCUCACUACCUGGUGGUUUUAUUGAUUGUUGUCUAUGCCUAAACAUCUACCUUCUAACCAAACUGUCUCAUUGAUUUUUCUUGUCAUAUGUUCAAGACCUGCUGGUUCCAGAAGCUCUGAAGAGUUUCUAAAACUUUUGUCUGCUGCGUAUCCAAUCUUAUAUGGCUGGACAUCUACGCCCUCCUAUAGUCAAUGUCAUUUUUAUAAGUACACAUAUAUAAGGUGCUCCAACACAGCCUUUGGAUUUGCUUCAAUAUUGUACCGCAUCCUGGACAUUUCAGAACAGCCAAGGUAGUAAUUGCAUUUAUGGCUUAUGCAUAACGAGUCCUUAGAUGAACGCUGUGGUUUGGUGAUAAGGAGAUGGAUUGGAAAAACAUAACAGCAUUCUCAGUGCUGAUAUAUUGGUAAGUAUUCUCUAGUAGUAUCGAGAAUAUGUCGCAUAGAUGGUGCCAUCUUGUACUUCCUUUCAUGUGUGUUUAAAAGCAGGCAUGCAUUAGCAUAUGAGAAAAGAAUAAAAGCAGAAUGUCCUUGAUUGGUUUGGGUGAUGCCAUCACGCACGCGUAUAGGUGACUGACAGUCUUGUUGUGACAGCCGUUUUAGGAGCUUCUAACUCUCCCGAUACUGUGAUUUUAUGCUUUGCAGAAAUUUGUCUUGUGAUGGCCCCUGGCUUGAUAACUCUAAGAUCAUUUUCUAGCUUCAACCUGCAACCACGUAUCCAGCCUGUGUGAAGUCUCAUCGACUUCAGUGCCCAAAACUAUGUUGUCAAUAUCUUGCUCAAUAUUUAUCAUCAGAAUUUUUUUCCCUGGUACUGCUGAGCAGCGAAAAUACCAUAGUGCUGAUAUCUCAAGUCAACUUUGUUUCCUGUUAACACAUGAUAGCCUGCUACAGCCUAGUGUAUCAGUUCGAGUAAUCCAAGUACCGGUUACAAUUUUCUAUAUCAGCAUGAUGAAAGCAUUUUGUGGGCUGGAGUUUGUUCUUAGGUUUAUUCAGGUACAACAUUUUAAUAAGCAGCAUUGAGUAUUUAUACAAUUUAUGUUAAUAUUUAAAUAAUUUGACAGACAAAUUUGUACACCUCAUACGAAAGUAUUUUGUUUGAAGUGCACUUCAAAUUAACAGUUCUAUGUUUCAAAAAAGUACUAAAUACCACCCUUAUUCGGUGUACACUAAAGUCUGAUUGCAAUGUGUAAUUGUAACCAUUUUGAUCAAUGACACAAGCUGUGAUAAUUGCUGCCUUUUUUUGACCAGCUAUAUUGCUGAAUCGGCCUCCUUUGAGCUCAUUGGCAUUUUCUUUCAUUUUUUCUUGUUAACUAUGCUUUUUUACAGUUGCUAAUAACUUCACUCACAGAAGAAGAGGAGCUUGUCUAUGUUUGUUGCAUUUGGCUCAGUUGUUUAUUGGAAGGUACGUGCUUUCAAAAAUUGCAUUCUGGAACAUACUUGGCUGAUUGCCCAAAUAUUAUUGUAGUUUAGUAACUAUGAUAACUAUGAACUUGUGCAUUGAAUAGCAAUUCAGGAAUGGGUCAGAGAUGCUAUCCUUCUGCUUUAGAAUCACUAUCAAGUAUGCGUCACUGAUGCAAGGCUCAUUGCAAAGUGAUUUUUUCAUAAGACGGCCAUGUUAUGUAAUCACAUGCAUAAUGAAUGCAUAUGUGGUGAAUGCCUUCGUGUGGGCAGUUUCAAUGUGCCCUCUGUGCUUGACUGGAUGCAUUCCUGAAUCUAAAUGGGGCUGACACUGUUUUGAAUUUAUGUAAAUGUGAGUGUGAUGGAACACUGUCUGCUUUAGGCAAAAGAAAUGUCACUAUGUCAAGUGGUUAGUGACCAAUAUACCACAAAAGUUUGCCCAUUGAUAUCCAUACAGAUAAAAUGCUCACAUUCAACCUGAAGUCACCUCACUGUAAACAUCUGUUCUAAUAGCCGCAUCACGUUUAGUAGUACUGUGCAGGACAUAGAACAGAGGUAAAGUCAUCUGUUUAUGUGACACCUGAAUUAUAUAUGAGCAAAAGAGAAAUUGUGGUGGGUUUUAAAACAUGUGCCAAGCAAAAAUAUGUUAUGAGUGUUCUGGUGUACAUAAUAUACAAAAGGUGCUAUUUGGCUAAUGUAUCACGCAAUGAAUGUGCUUUUUAGUGAGGGCGGCAGAUUGUGCACUAAGUGAUGUGGUUAAUUUAUAUAUCGAUUGAGUAUCACUAUCGUAUGUCGAUAUUCUGUGUUGCCUGUGUGGGCAUGUUUCUGAUUUGUUUCGGAAAUGACUGUACCUUCUUUGCGCACAUCGGGUGUUCACUGAGAAGUUUUCCUGUGAGUAGACGCACAAAGACUCCAGAUUUAUCGCUAACAGCUGUUGAGAUUCUGAUAGAGCUUCAUAGUACACUCUUGCCUACAGUCUUGUACCUGUGGUUAUGGAACAAUAUAAGGAAGUAUGAGUGUAAUUGGAGUAUAGGUGAUGUAUUUAAUCAUUUAGGUAUAAAGUUAUGAGAAUACGUUUUUUCCAUGCCAGAGCCUGUUUGGGCCAUUAGAGGUGUGAUCAAAAUGCUAGCGAAGUAGAUUGUCGAGCUUCAUAUUCCUUUUUUGUCUGUAAUUCAUUAGUAAACUAAGAUCUCUGUAUAUUCUGCAUUCACUGUAUUGCAGAUGAUGUUCUGAUAAAUUUGCACCUUCAAGUUUUUUAUUGUUGUACUUGUCCUGUUGAAAACUCUGUAAAAAGUACAUUUUUAUGUUUUUCAAAUCAUAGAAGCCAUUCUUUUUAACGAGCUAAAAUAUUUACUUUCAUUAAUUGCAUUGUCUUUUACACGCACAAGUAGUUGCAAUUCAUAUUAUUUCAGUGUUUUUGGCUUUGCCGAUGUUGUAAUGUUAUUGACAUGUUAGAAAGUUCCCUCAUUUGUUUCGCUUGUUGUUGCGUGGCCAGUAGUAGUGACGCACUAGGGGCAUACGAACUGUACAGAAACAUAUUUUUGUGGAUUGUUUGUUGAUGCAGUGCGAGACUGCAUACACAAGUGCACCGAAACUGCGGACCGUCCCAACCACCAGUUACUUGUGUCAUGUUUAACCUAAGCCCUAACUUAUUUUUGCAAGAAGGAAAUGUUAUGCAGAUUGAUGCAAACCAACACUUUUGCAUUGUUAUUUCUUUCCGACUGUUUCUCAUGGUUGUUGUAGUGAAUAAAACACACUUGCUUCACUCUGCA